AUGUCUGAAGAGACUGUCACCGUAAAAGUCUCAAAUGAUGAGGUUGAGAAGGCGUACGAGUCAAUCCUGCCUCUCAAUGCCAAAACCUCUCUAGUCGAAUAUUGGUGGAAGAAAUGGGAUGGCGAACUGGAAGGCUCUACUGAGAAGUGCUUCAUGCGGAGAAACACUGUCUACAGUAAAGUCAACAAAAUCGACGAGUGCGACAAUAUUAACUCGAUGGAUGCAGUACUCAGAAAGGACAACCCUCAUCAGUUUCAAUGGGUUCAAACCAUUAAAAAGGGGGAGAAGUUACCACCAUCAUGGGAACUGUUAGAUGAGAGUGACUUUUACGAUAAGAGGAACAAUGGUAAACAUUCUGCCAGAUUAGUUCUGAUUCAACACACUAAAUAA